AUGGUCGCCCAGUAUAUCGAGGACAAAAAGACGACUUGGGACGAACUCCUGCCCGAAUUGAACUUGGUGAUAAAUAUCAGCAUCUCAGACUCAACCGGAUUUUGUCCGGAGUUCAUCGUCCAAGGCCGAGAGCCACAACUCCCGGGGGCCUUGUAUGAUGAAGUGACUCCAGGGCCAAGCCAAGCGCCACGUUCACCGGAAGCGAAGGCGGAAUUGCUACGGGAUAUUUUCAAGGUGGUUCGAGAGAACACUCAACGAGCGGCGGUGGAACAACGUAAACAUUACGAUCUCAGGCGACGUUCAUGGAGGCCAACCAUAGGGUCGCUGGUCUUUGUGAAGCAGCAUCACUUGUCUAAGGCUGCGGACAACUUUGCCGCUAAGCUAGCUCCCAAGUAUGAAGGCCCGUACAAAGUAAUCAAAUUCCUUUCUCCCACCAUAGUGCGGGUGCAGCAUCUUCACAGCCGGCAACGCCGAACGGCAUCCCUAGGGGAUUUGAAAGAAGCAGUCAACGAGCCAGAAACCCAGAAUCUGGUGCCCAGCCGACUUGGCCAAACAGAGGACGCGCAGACGACGGAGCGAGGAGCGUUAAACCCCUGA